GAAUUUCUAAUGGAACAGUUUUCUGAACAAGAUACUGAUAAGAAAGACCCAUUCCUGGAGCUAAACGUACCUGGUUGCACAGCUGCGGAUAGCUAUUCCCAAGAAAUAACACAAAUUCUGAUGAUAAAGUCAUCAGAGGAAUCAAGAGCUCCCAAGAAACUUCCAGUGUGUAGCCAAGGUGCAACUGAUGAUCUAUUCCAGCUGGAUAGUAUUAAGAGCGAAUCAACUGAAGAGCUUGAGAUUUACAAAGAGUUUCCCAUAAUAAUCGUUCAUAAAGGAUAUAUCUUCGCAAAAUGCUCGAUAAAGCAUCUGAGGAACUUAGACGACCCAUCACUUCCCUACAAAAGCCCUAAGUUUGAGAGAUAUUUUAAUAAUGGAACCCUUACUAUCAAGCAAGCGUCGGAUAAAUUUAAGGUGUUCGAGAAAAAUUUUCAACCGAUUGAGCUUCACAAAAUCUUCCCAGGAUUUGAGUUUAUUGGACAAAGAGUCACAACCCCGAUGGUCUAUCUAAAUCGAGAGAAGGUUUUGAAAUAUGUUACAAACUUAUUCAUCCAGAGAGGAAAAUGAAAUAUAAGAAGAGUCUUCCUGCAUCUCAGGCAAAAAGCAUUACGAAAGACCUAUUUGGUUAAAAAUAAUGUAAAUAUCCUUCAAAUCUUGCAACAAGUUGAAAAAGAGCUCAAUAACGCUCAGAUUGUACAGGCAGAGCAAGAGCAGACAAUGGAACUUCAGCCAUUCGGGAGAAAAUCAGUGUUGUUUUGGAAUAGUUAUCUCAAAAGGCCUGAGCAUGCUCUGAUAUUUUACUCUGAGUUCCAAGAAUAUCUUCUCCAACAAAGUGUAUCACGUCAACAUAUCCAACUUGAAGUUAUGAGACAUUGAGCCCCUGAAGGAUACAAAUGAAUCAUUGUAUUGAUAGUAUGUGAUGCUAUCACCAAUAAUUUCUAUCCAGCUGCAUUUGCUGUGCUCAAAACUGACACAAAAGAAGCUUAUACAGAAGUACUCACAGCUCUCAAGAAGCAAUUAAAAGAUAGCCUGAAGCCUAGAAUAAUAGUAGCUCCCUACGAUGCAUCAUUAAUAAAAUCAUCAGCUGCUGUAUUUCCUAAUGCUCAAGUCACAACCACGUUUGUUCAUUUUGUACGUUCUCUUUGGAAGGAGGCUACUCGUCUGUUACUCAAGAAGCGAAAUUUAGUCAAGAACACGAAGAAGAUAAUCAACGCUAUUAAAGGAUUGACUAUCUUACACCCAAAGAAAGUUUCUGAUAAGUUUGAUGCUCUCAGGAGGAAGAUCUCUCCUUUAGUCCAGAAGUCAUGUUCAAGGUAUGGAGAUCUCCUUAAAUAUAUUGACAAGACAUUCAUCCUGACUCAUCUCAGCGAUGCUGAGAAGAGAGGCUAUGUCAAUGCCUUCCCUAUAAACUUCUGGAAUAUCCUACGAUGGAAGAAGAAAUCUAAGCUUCACACUAUUAUCAAUAUGGGUGUUGAGAAGUGGCAUAAUGAGCAACCGAAGAUCUUUGGGUUCAAGAAUCCCUCACUUGACCAGAUAAUCAGCGCUUUCAGAGACUUUGAUGCCACUAAGAAGAUAGAAUUUGAGUCAACUCCUAGGGAGUUCUCUGAGCUCCAGGAUACUACAAUCGAGUGAGGCUCUGAUAUCGUUGAAUUUGAGAAGAAGGUUGGCAUUGAGACUGCCUACUGUAUUCAAUCACUUAAAGAAGACCCAAGAGCCCAGAAUCCUCUCUGCCUUGAAAAUCCUCCAAUGUAUGUCUCAGACGACGAAGACUUAUGCAACAAAGACGAAGAUGAGGAGCAACCUAUAGACCCCAAAAAGGCUUGAGUUUCAGACUCCACUAAUUUUGGAGAUAAAGUUUUAGCUUCUGAGCAAAAGAAGGAAGCUAAAGUUAUUCUCAAAACCCCUCAAGUCAAGCUUGCUGAAGAAAAAGAGACCAAAAAUGUUAAAAAGAUGCUUGAUAAGCAAGAAAAUGAUGAAACCAACGACACUGAGGAGAAAAUUGAGAAGAAACGUGGAAGAAAGAAGAAGUUUUCAACAGAUGAAAGACCUGAGAACAACCACUCAAUCACUUCCUUCCCAAUAGCCCCACCUCCGAAGAGACUUGAGAAACUUAUCACUGAUGAUAUGAGCAUUGAAGAUUUAUGAAGGAAGCUCGACAUCGAAGAGUGAUUGCCAAUCCUACAAGAUAACAAAGUCACUGUAGAAAAUUUGAAAUACCUCGAAAUGGGUGAUCUCAGAGAAAUGAAGAUCCCCAUAGGACCAGCUAGGCAGAUCAUCAAUGAGAUCCAAAACAAUACUCACAGACCUCCGGUUAAGGUAAUCGCUUCUUUACCCAAGCGGAAGAGAGGACCGAAUAAAAUCCGGCCUCAAGAGACUGAAUUCGAGAAGAAAGAACGGGUCAAAGAAGAGCGGAAAAAGAAACGUGACGAGAAAGCCAAAGCAAAAGAUCACAAUUUAGAGAAUAAUUUUGAAGACAAACUUGCCAGUUUGGUCAAGAUUAAACCCAUAGAGAAGAAAAGAUCCAAGUCUAUUGAAGAAGAGUUCAAAUUUCAAGGAUCUCCUAGCGACGGAAAUAUUCUUAAACAUCUGGUAAAGAAAAAGAGAGAUCAUAUUAUCAAUCCUCCUCAGAAUGAGAAGGAAGAUAAACAGAAAGUGAUGGAAGAGGUUACCUCAUUGAUUUCAGCAAAGCCGGAGAUCAAACCUGAAGUUAAAAAUGAUCUGAAGCCAGUACAAGAAGAAAAAGAAGCUGAACAAGAAUGCUCAAGUCAAGACUCUCUUAAAAGUGAUGAGCCCUUCCUGUAG